CCUCGCCUUUAUUCCGCCAAUCGCCGCGAGGGAAGGAGGCCGCAGGGCGCCUGUCCUCUUCUCCGAGCGCUGUCGGGGAGCCCUGGCCGGCCCCGUUCGUCUCGCCGAGCAUGGUGCUGCGCCGGCUGCUUCUCGCCAUGCUCAGCAACCACAGGCUCGUGGACCGGUUGGCAGAGGCGGCGCCUAUCCGGGCGGCUGCGCGCCUCACGGCCUCGGCUCUGACGCGCGGACUGCGCCUGAGAGACAGCUUCCUGCGAGAGCUGAAGGAGGAGGCGGCGGCGCGCGCCAAGGACGGCGGCUGGCCCAAUCAGCGCAGCGGGAAGGACAAGGGGCGGGGCCCGUGAGCGCCUGAGAGACAGCUUCCUGCGCGAACCGCAGGCGGCGCGCGCGCCAAGGAUGCCGGCUGGCCCAAUCAACGCAGCGGGAAGGACAAGGGGCGGGUCCUGUUAUCGCCAGCCGGCCUGGGCAGGCGCCGCCUCUGGCCCGUCGCACGCGAUCGGCGGCGCCCCCUGGCGAAGCAAAUAAAGAGCGAGGCUUGCUGGA